AUGCAUGCCAUGACAGAUUCAGAGGAAACAAGCUUCGGCGAAUCGUCUCCAAGUCGGUCGCCGCAGCAGCCCGUCUACUACGUAGAAAGCCCCUCCGGCGACUCUCAUUAUGGGGAGAAGACGUCGAUGUCCUCGACGACGGUGCUCAGCCCAAUGGAAUCACCGGGCCGCACCUCCACCGCCUACCGCUCUUCCAGCGGCUGCCGCUCCCCCACCAGCGGCCGCCGCUCGUCCACCGGCAGCAGGAUGCGCGUCUCCUUGAAAACGGGCGCCAGCAGGGUCCCCUCCAACGAGACCUCCGACAAUUGCACGAGCGGCAAGAGAGACAAUCUCUGGACCCGCAGCACCAUUCCUACAAUAGAAGAGGAAGGCCUGCUUGAGGAGGAAGAAGACCAAGAGAACGGGAGCCGCCGAAAUUGCUACUUCCUCCUGUUCCUCCUCUGCAUUCUCCUCCUCUUCUCUCUCUUGUCUCUGAUUCUUUGGGGAGCCGCCCGCCCUCAGAAGCCAACCAUCACCAUGAAGAGUAUUAGCUUUCAGAGCUUUUACUUACAGGCUGGGUCAGAUGCAUCCGGCGUACCAACAAUCAUGUCGUCUGUGAAUUCGACUUUAAUGCUUGUUUACCGGAACACGGCAACGUUUUUCGGAGUGCAUGUUUCUUCUUCUCCGUUCACCCUUUGCUACUCAGAAAUGAGUGUCGCCACUGGAUGUAUCAAAAAUUUCUACCAGAGAAGAAGAAGCGAGAGGACACUGAGUGUGCCAUUGCAAGGGGACAGAGUUCCCCUUUAUGGAGCCGCUUCUGCUUUCACCACAUCUGGGCAGCCAGAUCACAAUAUCCCUGUGAAUCUCUCCUUUGUUGUCAGAUCAAAAGCUUUUGUUUUAGGUAGGCUCGUGAGACCCAGGUUCUCUAUUGAGGUUCAGUGCUCAGUGGUGAUGGAUCCGACCAAGCUCGGCACAUCAGUUUCUCUGCACAGCUCGUGUCAGUUGCUUAACUAA